GGCGAGAAAAGGGCGCCGCGACACUUGCCUGGGGGCGGAUCCUACAUCCAUUGGUUGUGAGUACCCGUCCUUGGGAACGUUUGUGAGUGGAAGGGAAGGACGUUCUACCCUCCCCGACUCCCGCCGGCCCCAUCCCCGCGGUGGGCCCCUCGGCGCGGCUCCUUUAAGAGCCUCGCGGGUCAGGGGCCCGAGGUCGCGGCGUGCCCUCCGCCCCGCAGGCCGUACUCUGUCCGCGCCUCUGCGCCAUGCGGGCGCUGCGGGCCGGCCUGACCCUGGCGCUGGGCGCGGGGCUGGGCGCGGCUGCCGAGGGCUGGCGGCGGCGGCGGGCGGACGCGCAGGCGGCUCCAGGGCUGCUGGGCCGGCUGCCAGUGCUGCCCGUGGCAGCGGCGGCCGAGCUGCCCGCCGUGCCCGCUGUGCCCGCCGGCGAGCUGGCCAAGUAUGGGCUGCCCGGGCUGGCGCAGAUCAAGAGCCGCGAGUCGUACGUGCUGUGCUACGACCCGCGCACCCGCGGCGCGCUCUGGGUGGUCGAGCAGCUGCGGCCCGAGCGGCUCCGCGGCGACGGCGACCGCCGCUCGUGCGACUUCCGUGAGGACGAUUCGGUGCACGCAUACCACCGCGCCACCAACGCCGACUACCGCGGCAGCGGCUUCGACCGCGGCCACCUCGCCGCUGCCGCCAACCACCGCUGGAGCCAGAAGGCCAUGGACGACACCUUCUACCUGAGCAACGUCGCGCCCCAGGUGCCCCACCUCAACCAGAAUGCCUGGAACAACCUGGAGAAGUACAGCCGCAGCUUGACCCGCACCUACCAAAAUGUCUAUGUCUGCACAGGGCCACUCUUCCUGCCCAGGAUGGAGGCUGAUGGCAAGUACUAUGUGAAGUACCAGGUCAUCGGCAAGAACCAUGUGGCGGUGCCCACACACUUCUUCAAGGUGCUGAUCCUGGAGGCCACAGGCGGGCAAAUUGAGCUCCGUUCCUACGUGAUGCCCAACGCACCGGUGGAGGAGACAGUCCCACUAGAGCGCUUCCUGGUGCCCAUUGAGAGCAUUGAGCGUGCUGCGGGGCUGCUCUUCGUGCCAAACAUCCUGGCGCGGGGGGGCAGCCUCAAGGCCAUCACUGUGGGCAGCAAGUGAGGGCAGCAGCCCCGCCAGACUGAGUGCAUGUGGGUCUGGGUCACAUUAAAGGUGAUUGGUUAUUUUUGGAGAUAA